AUGUUCACCGGUCUACUCUCCUCGCUUUCUUCCUUUACCUCCCUCCCACCAUCAGUCCUCCUCCUCAUCCUUGUUGUGGUGGUCGCCUGGUUUCUGAUCAUAUAUCCUGGAACUAAACCUUCAUCCUGUCCUCCCCCAGCUCGGGGCUCCAUCCCCUGCCUGCCGAGGCUCCCCGUCCUGGGCAGCCUCCCCUGGAUGAGAGGACACCUCCCCCCUCACCUGCUCUUCUCUCAGUUGGCCCAGAGGUACGGCUCUCUGUUUGCGCUCUACCUCGGUCCUCAGUACACUGUGGUGGUGAACGACCACCAACAUGCCAAAGAGGUCCUCCUGCAGAGAGGAAAGGACUUCGCUGGACGUCCAAACAUGGUGACCACCAACCUGUUGACCAGAGGAGGUAAAGACAUCGCCUUUGCAGACUACUCUCCUCUGUGGAAGCUCCAACGCCGCCUCACCCACAACUCCUUCACUCUGUUUGGAGAAGGAACCAGUCGACUGCAGGACAUCGGUACCACCCCCCCCCAAUCGAUCAGGCUGUGUCUGUGUGCCGAACUGUUAUCCAGUGGGACUCGUGGCUUCGACCCAUCUCUUGCGGUGACCAGGGCUGUUACCAAUGUUGUAUGCAUGCUGGUGUUCAGCGCCACCUACCACCAAGGUGACACUGAGCUGCAGGAGGUGGUGCUAUACAACCAAGGCAUCCUGGACACCAUCGCCAGGGGGGCACUGGUGGACAUUUACCCCUGGAUGAAGGUCUUUCCAAACAAGUCUCUCAGUAAACUGAAGGCCUGUAUCGCCAUCAGAGACCGACUCCUGACAACCAAACUAGAGGAGCACAAGGCAUCUCUGUGUGACGGUGACCCCCGUGACCUGCUGGAUGCCUUGCUCAAGGGUCAGAAGAGCAGCAACCAGGGUCAAAGGGCAUCUGGGUCCGAGGACGAGGGGAUAACAGAUGACCAUGUCCUGAUGACGGCGGCUGAGGCUUUUUCAGCUGGAGUGGAGACCACAUCCAGUACACUACUGUGGAUCCUGGCCUACCUGCUGCACCACCCUGAGAUCCAGGAUCGUGUGCAGAAGGAGCUGGAUGAGCAGAUUGGCAGCGAUCGAGCUGUAUGCGCGUUGGCCCGUGGCCCGCUGCCGUCCCUGGCCUGUGUAAUGAGGAUCCGACCGGUCAGCCCGGUGUUGAUCUCCCACACCGCCAUAACUGACAGCAGUAUUGGAGGUCACGCUAUCAGCCGUGGGACUCAGGUUUUGGUCAACAUGUGGUCGAUUCACCAUAACCCCCAGUACUGGGACAACCCGGACCUGUUCAACCCAGAUCGUUUCCUUGAUGACCAGGGUCAGCGUGUCACACCCUCCUGUUUCCUGCCCUUUGGUGCAGGACCUCGGGUCUGCGUUGGCGAAUCCCUUGCCAGGCUGGAGCUCUUCCUGUUCCUGUCCUCUCUGCUCCAGCGACUGAGCUUCAGUCUGCCAGACGGGGCUCCCCUGCCUAACCUGGAGGGGCAGCUGGGUGUGGUCUUGCAACCAUUACCUUAUAAAGUUGUUGUCACUCCAAGAGCGGGAUGGCAGGGCGGAGCAAACUAAGAAAGCAGAGGUAGCUAGUCAAACUUUGUGACAGGAGAAGAAAACGUAAAGCAAAAAUGUUUGUCCUCUGCAGGAGAGGGUCAGAAUAUUAGGAACACCUCUGAAUAUAAU